AUGUCUAAUUUCGAAGUAGACAAGUCAUCACUUGGAGAAGAUGCUUGUACUACCGUGGAAAUAAAUCAGACUAUACCUGCUACAGAAAAGUUAAGUAAACUUCCUCUCUCACGUGUUAAAAUAAUUGUAAAAACGGUGCCAUCUGUUUCUCUAGUUACUUCCGAAGCACUGGCUUCAAUUGGGUUUCUAUGUGAGCAGUUUGUUAAAGAUUUUUGUCGUAGUGUUAUUGAAGUAACUGCACAAGAAGGCAAGAAAACUAUCACCAAGCAACAUGUUCAGAGUACUGUUCAAUCCACCCAAAAGAGGUUACUGUGUUAUAUCUAUUAUGUCAAACAUCCUCAUAACCAUCAAAGCAUCGUAGGACUACUUGUCCGUUUUGUACAUUAA